GGACAAAAUGGCUGCAAUGAUAGCUGCUCAAUAUGGUUUAGGGGCUACUGUGACAGGUAUCUUUCAUCCAAUAGGUUAUGCCAAGGUGUUAAUGCAAGUUGGAUUUGAACCUCUUCCGCCGCAACCAUCUGUGUCUCUGUUUGGUAAAGAACAAUGGGUGUAUCCAAACAUAUUCAAGUAUAUUGGCCACAUCAAAAAAGUGGAUGGAUUUUGGGGUUUGUACAGAGGAGUUUUUCCUAGAGUUCUGUCAGGAACAAUUGGAAAUGUUGUGCAAAAUAACCUCAUGGACGCUUUUAAAGAAUCCAAUAAAAGACCAAAGGAAAUUGCACCCAUGGAUCAUGAAGACCAGUUGAUGGAAUGGGCAAAAGAGUUCUGCAAGGAAACAUCACAGGAAACAAUUGCUCGCUGUGUUGGAUUGAUAAUUGGCCAUCCCUUCCAUGUCAUAAUGUUAAGAGGAAUGAUUCAGUUUGUUGGCAGAGAAUCGAAAUAUGACUCUAUAUUUUCCUCAAUUGCUGAAAUCUAUCGAAAUGAUGGUAUUUUAGGAUAUUUUGCAGGAUUAUUUCCUCGUCUGAUUGGUGAAAUUAUAACUGUAUGGAUAACAAACUUUUUAGCACAGCUUAUUAAUAAAUAUUUAGUACAUGAGAAGGAUAUGCAGUCAUAUACAGCAGCUUCAUGUGGUCUAUUUGUAUCUUAUGUUACCUACCCUUACAUCUUGGUGAGCAACAUCAUGGCUGUCAAUGGCUCUGGCCUCGAGGCAUCAUCACCACCCAGAAUGCCUCGGUAUGAGAGUAGUUUAGAUUGUUGGAAUUCACUCCGAGCCCAGAACCAGUUAAAGAGAGGAUCAAGUUUAUUCUGGCGUUAUUAUACAGGACACACAAGAUUAGGAAGCGAAUAUUCUUACUACAGCAAAUACC